AUGAAAGCUCAUGGAAGGGAAACCAUAGUGGUGAUCGGAGCUGGUGUCCUUGGCCUUUCAUCGGCCUUGGAAUUGAUCGAGAAGCCCGAAACUUCUAAAUACCAGAUAGUACUCGUCGCGGAUCACUUCUCAACAGACCCCCCAAAUCCGGUGUACGCAACCACCAAUGCUGGUGCCCAUUUUCGUCCUAUUCCUGCUACAGAUACCCAGACAGAGCGAGAGAGUGAUCAUGCCGUGAGAACCUACUCUCGGUUCAAGAAGCUUGCUGAAGAAGAACCAGCGUUUGGCAUCGAAUUCCUGGAAGGAAUUGAAUAUGUAUCCGGGCCAGCCACCGAGAAAUAUAAGGCCAUGAAGCCUAACUACGUGAACCAAGAAGGAUUCCGGCUACUAGAAGGCGCUGAAAAACCGGCUGGUGUUGAGUUUGCCGCCCGAUAUGAGUCUUUCAUAUUCGUGGAAGAGGCCUUCUGUCUGGAUGACUACAAUGUCUCGCUUGUGGUGAACUGUAGUGGAAUGGGUUUUGGAGAUCCAAAAUCAUUCAUCAUCAGAGGCCAAACAUGCCUUAUUUCAAAGACUGCUGCAAAAACAGUGACACAGCAAAAUGCGGAUGGAACAUGGACGUUUCUGGUUCCUCGACCUCUAAAUGGUGGAACCGUCGUCGGUGGUACAAAGGAGGUAGGUGACUCGAACCCUACAGCUUCAAUAGCGGUCAGAGAGGAACUACUUCGCAACGCUGCAAAAAUGUAUCCCGACAUUGUCAACUCCAAGGGAGGAUUUGAUGUCAUCAAGGACAUUGUCGGCCGGCGUCCUGCACGAGAAGGCGGAAUGCGCCUGGAAGUUGAGAUCCUGCCUAACAAGAGGCCCGUCGUUCAUGCCUAUGGUAUUGGUGGUAGAGGUUUCGAGACCAGUUGGGGCAUAGCUGAGGAUGUUCACCGCAUGGUAGCGGAGACUCUUGAGAAGCGGCCUUUGGCCAGCCGUCUCUGA